UGUACAGUAGAGUAACGGAGCAGUGCUGCAGGUAGGAACUGGAGAUGGGUGAGUCGCUGCAGAGGAUGCACAGUAUUAAAGUCUUUAAGCAGUAACUAACGUACGUGAUCAACGCAGCUAAAGAGCAUCAGCGCACUCCUGCUGCAGGCUUCACCUCGUCUGGGAGAUUAUUGAUCGACUGGGAGUCGUUUUUUAAAGCUUGCGGGCUAAUGUUAGCGAGCGGAUCCAGGCCCUGCCAAGACUCUCAUAGUUCACUGCAUUGUUUUUGUCAGCUCAUGUGUGCAGAUGUAACUGGCCACGCUUGACUCCUUGCAUAAUUAGGUAAUCGGCCCGCCUCGCUUGACUUUAGCUGCAUUUGAAACAUCACACUUUCGCCUGCAGUCGACAUGACUUCCAGGAGGACGGGCUACAGUACUGGCAGCAUGGACUCCUCUCCGGCGAGCAGCGGCGGCUCCGUCCAUGGUGGAAACCGUAAACAGAGUAUCAUCAACAUCCCCGACAGGCCCGGGCCAGAGUCCUGCUACGAGAGGAAAGCGGACAAGGCUGGAUACGGAGCUUCGCACGGCGGCGUGACGGUAACGUCGCUGAAAUCCCGUCUCGCACCCACCAUCCAGACUGCCAUGUCCGCCGCGGUCGAUACCCUCCUUGGCGAGGUGGUGCUAGUGCUCAAUGAGACUCAGCAAGAGCUUCUGCACAAGGAAGAAGAGAACGAGAGACUCAAAGUGCGCCUUGAAGUGUCCGAGAGGGAGCUGAAGGCUUUGCAGGAGUGUCUGUGCAGCGCUCAGAAGCUCAUAGACCAGCUGCAGGGCUCGUACACAGGCCCCCAGACCAUCAGUCAGUCCGUCUUCGCCCCAUCGCUGUCUUCCAUGGCCUCAAUGACUGCAGGCUUGGACCGGGACCACCAGAACCCUCGAAAUGUGAACGGAGCAGGUGUUGACUUGGGUCUUGGUGGAUCUGUGGAUGAAUCACUUCAUGGGUUUGAGCCAAGAGAUGACUACAAAAUGUGCCAGCUUUCAAUCCAACCAGAUGGGUCUGUGACUAACCAUGCUCUGGACUCCUUUACAUCUAAUGCCUCUCAUAUGUGCUCUGAUACCAGCAGACCAGAUGAGAGGGCAUCUCAGGGACCAGGUGGAGCAUCCAGGUUUGAGAUUAAAGAGGAGCAAGGCUCCGGUCAGUCUGGCAGGAAGGAGCCUGGGAUGCGAAAUGACAACAGAGAUGCAGAAGGAUCAUCCCACAGCGUGGGUGACCUCGGAUAUGUUCAAGUUGGAGGGGACGGAGGUUCCCAGCGUUCCUUCACUCAUCCUCUGCGUCACCAAAGACAAGUGCGAGAAUGCACCAGUGCCUUGCAACCAGGUGGACUUGAUGGACAAAAAUCAAUGGUUAGGACUUCUGGAGUUGGGAGAGGAGACAGUAUUUCUCCCGGCCGAGUGGAGGACUCGGCAGGACCUUCUGCCUCUGACACAAUAGGGGAGCCGUCUGUAGAUCGGCCCCACCACUGCUUGGAAUGUGGAAAGACCUUCCGCCUGAUCUCAAGCCUAAAGAAGCACAUUCGCAUCCACACCGGAGAGAAGCCCUACCCGUGCGCAGUUUGUGGCCGCCGUUUCCGUGAGUCAGGCGCCCUUAAGACCCACCUGCGCAUACACACAGGUGAGAAACCGUACUCUUGUUCGGAGUGUGGAAACUGCUUCCGCCACUUGGACGGUUUGCGCAAACACAGACGCACGCACACAGGGGAGAAACCGUACGUGUGCGCCAUCUGCGGGAAACGCUUGAGCCGCCUGCAGCACCUCAAACACCACCAGCUCAUCCACACCGGAGAGAGACCAUGCUGCUGCCCCUUCUGCAACCGUAGCUUCAAGGAGCCCGCGGCGCUGCGGAAGCACAUCCGCACGCACAGGGAGGAAGGCGGUCACAUGGGGAUUGCUGCCAGUGAUGACACGGACCCAGAUGCAAUGGAUGACAUUAACAACCUUCAUCCGGCGGCUCCGUCCCCACAGAUGAGGUUUGGGGAGUGGGGUGCAGAGGAGGAUGACAGUUCGGUUGUGGACUGUGUGUAAGGACGGUUAAAGGGUCAACUGUUGGUGUUCAUUCUUACCAGAAAACAUACUACAGGUGAAAAAAAACCGAAAUGUCUGUGUAGUUAGUAAACACCCUGGUUACGGUUAUCUCUGUUCCAUGCUGUUAAAGUGAAGAAUCCGGCUACAUAUAACACUAGCCUCGGAGUUUCGUCCGCUUCUGGCGUUUUCAUGUUUCACAUUCUUAGAUGUAAAAAUAACUUUUAAAAUACACACUCUACAUUCUUCAACGGCGACUGUUUUCUUAUCCGGACCUUCUUCGAGCAGCAGCACCAACAGCAGUGUGCAGGUUGUUCUUGGCACAGGAAGUUUCUAGUUCGUCAGCUUCCCGGCAGUAAUUUGGGAAAACGAUGGCAGAAAUGAACAAAAGCUGUCUCUACACUACUAUUACAAAAAAUUUACAAAAAGUGCCUUGAACACAUCAACUGAUUCUCUGUUGCUGCUGCUGCUGUUUAUGGCAAUUCCCUUCUGGAUUUUAGUCGGGACAAAGUGUUGUUAUUUUCUUGAAGUUUCACACAUUAGACAUAGACUGAAUUGUCUGAAUAGGCAUGCUUUUUGCUAAUACACCGAGGGCUCAGAUAGUAAUGGAUCCAUUUAAGGCUGGUUCAUGCUUCAUGUGCGGGCAGACAUGCAGCAGUUCAGACCAUGUACAUUUCGUAGCCAGGCAAUAUUGAAUAACACAAACGUCACAGUAUUAUUGGUUGAAUUAUUUGAUGUCGAUGAAGUGGUAAUAAUUUGGUGUGUGAUAUUGAUGCUUUCACGUAGUAUUUAUUUAUCUAAACUUCUUUUCAUCAUUAAGUGUUAAGAUGUCAUUAUGAGAUCAUAGUGUGAGCAUUCACAUUUCACUCAGCUGGAUGAGCCAAUUAAACUGUCAAAAAAUUGGAUCACUUUCACUUUAAGGGACGAGUCCACCUGCGUUUUUCAAAUGGAAACUGGUUAGAGCUCAGUCUUUCUCUGUGGCUGCUGGCUAGGUGAGCUAGGGGGUUUAUAUGCAGCAACGUCAUCAUGCAGAAACCUACGUCAGGUCAAAAUAUUUUUGAUGGGCUUAGGAGAAUGGCAUUUUGACACUAAAACAUACUUACCUAGACCAAAAAAUGUGAGUUUUUGGAUUUGAAUACAUAAAGAACACUAAUGUGAAGCUAAAGAAUGACAUAAAAUGCUCCAAAAACUCCAAAAAUAAUAUACCGGCCCUUUUAAAUGCCCCCUAAGACCAGGAAUGUUAAAAAUAUGACAAUAAUAACCUGACAAUACCUGGCUCCUAUCAUGAUAUUAUUAUUAUCUGGAUAAAUCUCCCAGCUCUACCUCAUUCUUCAUCAGUGCUGUGCUACUGUCUGCUAAUCCUGUUUGGAGGUGUUAGCAGCACUACACAACAUACAGUCUUAAAACAUAUGUCAGUUCACUUACAGUCACCUGCUUUCUUAAUUUAAUCAAUUAAGUUGAUUUAAUUGAAACAUUUAGGGUUGUUUUGUUUUAUUUUUUCCAGUGGUUGUCACAAGUGGAUGCAGAUACAGAGAAGGAUCUCUUAAAAUGAGCUAAAAUAUCAUUUUGUGUACAUUCACGCUGUCGUGUGUCUUCAUGAAGCUUGAACUAGUUUUACUGUUGGGUCAGCUGAUCAUCAUUUACACAGCGAUGAUGUCGUCUUGUCCAGCUAAAGUCACCCGUCAGCAACUUUGAAUCACUACAUGUAUUUACCUGUGCACCGAAACAUACAGAGUCAGAUGACAGGAGGCUCAGCUCAUCAGCGUGCAUCAACAGCUUCCAUCCAGUUUUAAUAUUUCUCUCGUCGUAUUAACGUCUCUAUCUUAUGGACCACAUCUUAGCAUUCCAACUGUUUUUUGUUUUUUUUUAGCUCAAGCUGCUACUGUUUGUCUAGAAAGCCCCUUUUCUGGAAUAUUAUUGUUACCCGCCAGUUACUAGCAAUUACUAGCGGACAGAUUUUGGUGCUUGCAUGUGCAUAUCUGUUCUUCCGCUGGCAGCAAUGCUCCUUCCCCUCCCCAGCUGUUUCUGUAAAUAAGAAUGUAGUUUUAGCCAUUUUAUCCGGUUCAAUAAGGGUUAACAUUUGUGGAAAAAGUAAAUGUGCAACAAUGACAAUUUAAAAAAAAAAAAACGUAACGUGCUUUAAAACAGCAAUAUGCCAACCUACAAUGUAAGUAUAUAUAUAAUCUUAUUAAAUCUUCCUGAUGUUAUUCCUGACGAUCCGAUGUGACACGACUGAUGCAUCGGGGUUAACAGCAGCAGAGCAUUAAUCCUCUCAGCCUUUUGAGCUAUACCGUAGGUCUUGUGUCAUUUUCUAUGUCUACUACUAUAAUGGUCUCUAUGUAACUAUUCUAUGUACGUUUACAAGUGUAAGUCAUUUGGAAAGGCGCUCAAAAUGUUCAAUAUUUGUCAUUGUAUACCCAGAAAGCAAUUUGCCAAGUAAGUCUUAUCCCAGAUGGUCAUAUUUAUUGUUUUUUGUAUCACAUACGGGGGGACGGGGGGACGGGGGGGGGGGGGGGGGGGGUGACGGGGGCUGUGCAUGGUGCAGGUUUAAAGUAAGAUGGCAUUCUUCCUUCGGACUAAAAAGUCCAUGUUAAAUGUGAAAAGAAUUACUUUUUUAUGCUUCAGUGUUCAAAAUAUAUCUCCCCACAUUACAUUCAUCCUACUGUAAAUGUUACUAUAUUAAAGGGCCUUGUUUCUACUUCUUUUUUUCUGUUUGUUCAUUGAAUGUGUACAGUUACGAGGAGGUUACUUUGA